AACAUCUCAGCCUCACCCUCUCUCCAUCAUUGUUUUAAACUCCAACCUUUCUUUCCUUCUCCAUUUGAUUGCUUCCAACACAGCACAAACAAGUCCUGCAAGAAACAGAGAAAGAAGCCUUCAAGAAUGGCCGCUGUCGCCUCUGCAGCUGUUGCUAUCCCAUCUUUCACUGGUCUUAAGGCAGCCAGUGCUACCACAGCCAAAGUUAAUGCCAGUCCCAAGGUUACGGCUUCUCUAGUCCCAAGGCUCGCUAUCAAGGCUUCAAUGAAGGACGUGGGUGUUGCAGUUGUGGCCACUGCAGCAAGUGCAAUUCUCGCCAGCAAUGCCAUGGCCAUUGAGGUAUUGCUAGGAGGUGAUGAUGGGUCACUGGCCUUUGUUCCCAGCAACUUCUCUGUGGCUGCCGGAGAAAAGAUUGUGUUCAAGAACAACCAAGGCUUCCCACACAACGUUGUGUUCGAGGAGGAUGAAAUUCCAAGUGGGGUUGAUGCUUCCAAAAUCUCCAUGUCUGAAGAAGAUCUCCUGAAUGCUCCAGGAGAGACUUAUGCUGUUACCUUGUCUGAGAAAGGCACUUACACUUUCUACUGUUCCCCUCACCAGGGAGCUGGCAUGGUGGGAAAGGUGACAGUUAACUAAACUCCAAGUGGGGUUUAACAGUCAUAUCAUCUCAUGUUCCUCUUCUAUUUUUCAGUAAGGUAGGAGGGUUCAUAAUGAGUAAGUGUAUGGUGUGAACCUAACUUGUAUGAUGCCCUCGUGUUUUCUUUUUUAUAAUUUGACACUUGUAGUUUUGCUAUGGCAUUAUUUGUGUGAUUUUUGUUUCUUUUGUCUUUUAUUAGCUUGGGUUUUCUGUUUUGUCUGUGCUUUAACAAAUUUAAAGGCAGAAUUUAUCAAUUACAAACUUUUCUAUUCCAA